GCGCAACGAAUUUCUGGUAGGGGCUCGCGCACUCGCUAUGGCGGUGUCAUCUACACUACGGUGUACACUCGGUGUAAAUGCACUCGCAAAACGAACAGCUACGGUACGUCACUUCCUUCAAAACGAAUGCCAAAGUGUGCACUUUUCGUAAAAGUGUAGAAAGUACAGGUAAAACGACAAACCUAUAAUACCGGUGGUUAUAAAACCGGCGUAAGGUAGCAUGUGUAAACCUAUAUACAUACUUAAUGUUGUGUGCUAUAUAAGAGCUUUUAUUCUUAUUUGAUAUUAUUCUCCUAAUAUCUUUUAAAAGAUGAGUGACGAUAAUUUUUCCGAAUACUUUGAAAGCUAUGAAAAUUUGGAUGUGCAUCACUUAAUGUUGUCAGAUGAACCCCGAAUGCUAUCGUACAAACAUGCAAUACUUGAAUGUCAAGAAAUGUUUAUGGACAAAGUGGUCAUGGACGUCGGUGCUGGAACAGGUAUACUAUCAGUAUUUUGUGCUGAAGCUGGUGCCAAAAAGGUUUAUGCGGUUGAAGCUAGUGAGCUUGCUAAACUUGCUGAACAGGUUAUUAAUGAAAAUAGCUUGAAAUCAGUUGUGGAAGUGAUAAAAAGUCAAGUUGAAAAUUUAGAUAUAUCCAUUAUUGGGAAAGUGGAUAUUAUAGUUUCAGAGUGGAUGGGCUUUUAUUUGGUACAUGAAGGAAUGCUCGAUAGCAUAAUAACGGCAAGAGAUAAAUUUUUAAGAGAGGAUGGUCAAUUAUUUCCUUGCGUGGCUAAGCUGUAUGCCGCACCUUGUCAGCUGCCAACAUUUUUUGAAUUCUGGGAUAAUGUUCACGGUGUAACUAUGAGGUGUGUUGGAGAACAAUACAGAAAAUCUAAAUCUCUUAAGCCAGAAAUAUUGCCUGUAAACCAAGAGGAUCUCCUUGCUGAAGGGAAAUUACUUGUCUGGUUAGAUUUACAUUCUGUAACUCAUGACGAACUGGAUACUCUUGCCGGAGUCGAUACUGUAAUAACGUGUAAUAAGAAUGGAAAAUAUCAAGGUGUCUGUAUUUGGUUUACCGUUGAGUUCCCAAACGGGCACGAAUUUUCUACGAGUCCUAUGAAUCAACCAACACAUUGGAAACAAACAGUGAUCGUCUUACCUGAGAGUAACGCCGUAGAAAAGGAUGAACCAAUUGCAUUUAAAUUGCAAUUAAAAAAAAAUAGUGCUACCUUAAAAUGGUACAAAUUAGAACUAGAUUUGCUGGAUGCAAAUGACGUGGAACAUGAAUUACCUUGUUAUUGCUAUUUAACAAAGUGUAUAGUUGCGCGAACAUAUAUCAGUGAACAAACAAAUGAUACACAUAGCGAUCAGGAAUAAUAUAAGUAUAUAUUUUUAAUAAACUUGCUAUAUAACAUUAACAUUA